AUGACCGACUGCCAAGUGUUGGUGGAGCCAGGAAUGACGAAUCCAAACCUGAAAUUCCACUCUGUGGAGAAACGGCAUCACCUCAACAUCCUUCCCAGUCACACUGGUUCAAUUACAUACAGUGGAACCCCUCUCUAUAAAGACACCUCUGACAAGGAGGACACCUCUCUGUUAAGGACACCUUUCUCUACCCAAGAACAGUUCUUGCAUUCAGGACACCUCACUAGUAAUAUGGACCACUUCAUUGGUGUCCAGAUUAGAGGGGUUCCACUCUAUUAUGCAAAAUAGUGGUUAAUGUUAAAGUUAUAUUUCUACAAGAUGUGAUCACAGAUACAACACAAAAGCAUAUAUAGAAACUCUGACCGGCUUAUUAUACUAGCUGCUCGUUCUACCUAUUUACAAGGCUGUGGCCAACUGCCAAAGGUAUCACUUGCAGCAACGCAGGUUCGCACACACAGGAGAUGAAAUAUCAUCAGCAAUAUCUAAGAUAUCAAUGCCAAGUGUCUCUUUAGACAAAACCAUAUUAUUUACAUUGCUGUGGACACUUCUGGCUUUCUAAUAAUGCAGUAGACCAUCACUUACUGGACUAAAGCUAUUGGUUUAUUCGGUUAAUUAAUUUGCAAAAGCACUUGCAAUUAUCUAAAUAUGUUCAGAUAAUAGAGAAGUUCAAAACAUUACCUUCUACUGAUUUUCCCUUGAACUGAACUCUCUGCUCCAACCGUAAUUCGUUGAGCAUCUCCGACGACGUAAAGUUGAUUUCUCUCGACACAGCUUUACACUUGAGGAUCUUCUUGGGCACUCGCGCUGUGUGCACGAACAUUGUGUCGCAAUCAAUCAGGCACAGGUUCUGGCCGAGGUUGCCAAAACAGAUGGCCAACGCCCAUCGACUUACCUUCAUGUUCAGCACCUGGUACAGACCUGUCUUCUUUACUCUGCCAGAGAACCUUUCCUGUGGAUGCAUCUCGCAGAUUCAUCCAAUUCCUGCAAACAACAAAACGCUGCGUGAAAACCGCAUCCCACCAGCAGGCGAUCUACUCGCUACCUAAUCCACUGUAUGAUCGUAAUGGUUGCAGAGGAGCGAUGCUUUCGCUCGUAUGUCGUAUGUCGUAUGUAUUCUACAGACGUACACCGAUUUCAUGGAAAUGUACAGUUGCAAGAGACAGCUACACACACCCCCAAAAGAAGUUCGGUGCGAAUUUCCCCCCGCUGUCGUCAGUUACGCACGGCCAAACUCACACUUUGAAUCCGCGCAUUAUCUUAGCCUUCGAGUCCUCUGCUCCCGCGGCCAUGCUCGCUAUACCACUGUCUCUUCCUUGCCUCCUUCGUUCAACUGUGCAGACAGACAAUCACCCACUGCUGCUUCCAAGGGGUGGGCGUGGCUCUAGUAGCCAUGGGUGUUAUGCGCAUGCGCAUGUGAGUAUAUCUAGUGGGCGUGGUCAAUCUGGAAAGCCAUGGCUGCACUUCGAGAGUUAGUAGAGGGAGAAUGCGGAGCUGCCAAUCCUCUCGUCCAGUGGAGCGAUCAUUUCCAGCAACAGAAGAGCCUGUCCCAGGGAGGAGGCGUGGGUGGGGACAGACUCCGAGAAAUUGCCCGACACCGCGACCCAGGACAGCUCGAAAAUGAGUUGGUGGCGGAGUUUCUCGGCAACGGGAGACCAGCGGUGCCUCAGACGUUCAAUAUGUCGUCUCUGCUGGCUGAGGUACAGCAGCAGCAACCUCACAUCUCCACACUCUCACCCUCCCCACUCUCGCACCAUGCAACAACACAAGACUCCAGUGUUCGGGAAUGGGUGGAUGAGUUUGCCCCUCCCCCUCAUCCCCCUCUCUCCUCCUCCUCCUCGUCCCACCUCACCACUGUAUCCUCUGUACCAGAGUCCUGGGCUCAGGAAUACUCCCACGACCAGACAGACAAACAGGCACACGAUUGGAGCCAACAGUUUGCACCCAGUGAGGACGAAAAAUGGGCCGAGGAGUUUAGGGAUCAGGUUGAGUCAAAAGGAUUAGUUGCCGCGGCGAAAGAGAUGAGUGAGGCAGUCACUGAUCCAAAGAUACAAGCCACAGAGUUUAUGGAUUUUGUGCGAAAACUGGGAAAGGGAGAGGGUGCUGUCGAGGGUGACGAGGUCAAAGGUAAAACCACGGAUGCGAAAUGGGUCGGGGAGUAUUUGGGGACUGAGGGAGAAGAGGAGGAAGAGGAGGCGGGCUACUGGGGACAGCUAGAGAAAGAGUGGCAGGAACUCUCCAAACAGAAUACUCAUCCCUGGCUGGACGACUUUGCCGGUUUCAGUGAACAGAAAGACUACCAGUUCAGUGAGGACAACCACCUGAAAGAGGUGGAAAAUGCUCUGGAAGAGGGGAAGAGGAGGCUGAGCGAGGGAGAUCUGCCUUCAGCAGUCUUGCUGUUUGAAGCUGAGGUGCAACGGAACCCUGACAGUAUUGAGGGCUGGCAGUACCUCGGGAUCACACAGGCCAACAACGAACAAGAACACGCGGCCAUUGCUGCCCUCCAUCGCUGUCUCCAGCUAUCUCCCUCCAACCUCUCCGCCCAUCUGGCACUCGCCGUCAGUUACACCAACGAAUCCCAGCACAAUAGGGCUCUGGAGUCACUGAGGAACUGGCUCUACCACAAUCCAAAGUAUCGUCAUCUGGCGCCUGAGUCUGGUGUUGCAGCUGCCGGGAAGCCCCACCUCUCCUCUUUCAUGGCACCGCAAGAGCAUAAAGAUGUGUGUGAUCUGUUCCUGAAGGCAGCUCAGACCUCGCCAGAGACACUGGACCCUGAUAUACAGGUGUGUCUUGGAGUUCUGUACAACCUGUCAAACGAGUUUGACAAGGCUGUGGACUGCUUCACUGCGGCUCUGCAGACCAGACCCGACGAUGCUCUGCUGUGGAACAAGCUGGGAGCCACUCUGGCCAACAGCAGCAGAAGUGAAGAGGCAGUCCAUGCCUACAGACAGGCUCUCGCCCACAUGCCUGGUUUCACUCGCUGUCGCUACAAUCUCGGCAUCAGCUGCAUCAACCUCAGAGCGUACCAGGAGGGUGCAGAGCAUUUCCUUACAGCAUUGAACCACCAAAGACAAGCAACUGGUACAGCAGAAACGGUGGGCGAGGCCAAGGUGGGAGUGGCACAGAUGUCUGAGACGAUAUGGUCGACGCUGCGUCUGGCAGUCUCGUUCCUGGGUCGCUCCAGUCUCAUUCCCAUUCUGGAGGCACGGAACCUGGACACAUUGUUAGCAGAAUUUGGACUCGCUACAAAAUAAUAAUAUCAAAACCACCAAUUAUCAGUUGUUUUUAUAAUUUGACUCAUAAGAUUAUUAUACAAAAAAUAGUCAAUAGGUUGACGAAGCAAAUCAGAAAUAAAUCUUUGUGAAAAAUUAGUGUCACAAGUAGUAUAUAGGCAAUUGGAGGAAGAAGUCAACAACAAAAAAGAUGAAAGUUGUGUGGUGUGUGUGAAUGGAGUGCUAUAACGUUGAGCUGAUCUCAAUGAGAGUUGCUGAUCGUGAUCUCUCUUCUAUUGGUUUCAGCUUCCCCUCUAUCGCUUCUCUUAGAUCUUUGAGGGUGACCACGCCCACUAAUCUCCCAAUACUGGUGACGUAAGCGUGAGAGAGACAGAGGAUGGAGAAGAGGGAGUGGAUCUUGUAGAGACUCGUCCGCUCCACCAGCUGGAAGGGGGCGGGGUCAAUGUAGCUCUUUUUGAAGUCGAUUGUCUGAGAGAGAAGUUCUUCUUUUAGCUCGUCCAGCGCCUGAGGGAUGGAGCGAGGAAGAAGGGGAGGGAGGGAGAGAGACGGAGAAUAGGACAUUAAACACCUGCCACGGUCCAUGCU